GUGACAUAUUUUAAAUGAGCAACAAUGUGCUAGAUAUUUUGUUACUAUGAUUUCAUACACAAACUUACGUUACUAGGUUUCGUGAAACCACGUAGCCUGUAUCACCGAUCCAUAUGGUUUUACGUAUGAUCAACUCUUGCAAUUUAAGCCGCCACAUACGUAAAGAAAUUCGUCGUACGUACUAAUUUAUUUCUGUAUUCAGAGUCGUCCCAGGACAGUGUCAUUAUCAUGUUCUUGGUAUAUUGUAAAUUUCUGGAAAACUCAGAUCUGAGUCGAUUCUAGGUUUUUUUUCCGCACUCGCGACUUAAAAUAUCUGUUAAGAUUGCCUCAAAGUUGGGGGUUCUUCAAAUAACGCGUGAUAUACAAUUGUGUAAUCGGAUACAACAAAUUGACCUUAAUGUUUCUUGAUAAUGUAUUUUCUCAUAGUUUGAGUCACACUAUUUUCCGUUCUAUGAGUUCAUAUUAAAAGAUAAUGUGGUCAAUCUCCUAACCACAAACAUUUAGGAUUUAUUGCGAUAAAAGCACAGGAUCAAAUCGGAAGUAAUAUUUGCGGCUUAAAACUCAUGACCGUUGACGUCGAGUUUAAUAAGUAUCUACCUUUCCAUUUUACCAUUAGCGAUUCUUGGCUGCCUGUGGCUAAAUAUGUAAUGUGCGGCUAACUCGAAGUCUAAUAGUCGAAAUGUCCUGUCUAUUAAGCUACAUCUCUACACCUUACUGGUUUUCAUUAUUUAAGAAUUAACGGUAUGUACGACUUCCCUGAUAGUAAUUCCUAAAUAUAUCUGCGUUUCUUGUUAUCUACAGGAUAGUACGUAAAAAUGGCGAAUUCGACAAGCUUGUUUAUUGAGACGAAUACUGAUUGUAAUGCUGUAGGAUCAGCGACAUGGGAUUUUGCUGGACAUCAUGUAGUUUUUUCUAUAUACGGCCCAGAUGAAGCUAAGAUCAAUGAUGAACUUACUCAUCGUGCAUAUGUUGACGUCACAGUGACACCUCGUACUGGACAACGAACAUCAAAGGAAUCAGAGCUUGAAAUUUACCUUAACAAUCUUUUGGAACGUCUGAUUGAUGUGAAGGAGUUCCCACGAUCUAAGUUUACUGGACGUUUGUUUAUCGUCACUGGUGGCACUAAUCAUCCUAGAACAGUGGCUGCAGCCAUAAACGCAAUUUCAUUAGCUCUUCUUUUAUCUGGUUUACCACUACGAGCAACAAUUGCAUCAGUUUGUCAUACAAUCCAAGAUGCUUUAAUUACAUUUGCAAUAGAUGUAACUCAUCCAAAACUUUAUACUAAAAAGAAUAGUUCUAAUGAACCGAGUAUAUUUGCUAUAUAUACUGGUCAAACACAUUUUGAAAUUGACAAAACUAAUGGAUCAUCUCUACAUAUUCCAAUUCAAAACUUUCUUGAUAUUAUCAAACUACCAGAAUCAUAUGACAGUAAUAUAAACACCAUAGAUCAUAACAAAAAUGAAAGUAUUUAUGAACAAGCAUUAAAUUUACUUGAUGCUAUGGUAUCACAAAUUGUUUCUAAUGUACAUACAUAGUUAAUAUGCAUUCUGUAUAAAUCAACUAUACUAUUUAUUUGUAAAUAUGAUUUCUACUGUAACUAAUAUUUCUUUCUUUCAUUCAUUGUUGUUCACCGAAUAAUGCAUGAUAUCAGUGUUAUGAAUAGAAGAGACUAUGUUAUAAGUGUUUUAAAGUGGUUGUUAAGGGAAUUCAAUUUAUAUAAAUGACA